AGCAAUGUUUGGGUUUCUUGCUAGUUUUCUCUACAAAUGUUGCUGGAAACGUUUGCUAAGAUUGAUUACAGGAAAGUGUGAACUUGUACGCAUUUGUGAACGUUUUCCGUUAGGAACGGCCCGCACAGUCGAAAUUGAGCGAUGUCUCAAGUCGUCAAAAUCAGAAGUGCUACGUCGAUUGAUAGACAGCCCGGAUGUUGAUGUUCAUUCUUCAGUUCAGGAAGUGUUAGAUAUCAAGAACAUUCCAGCUGAGAAAUUCUCACAAUUUUCUCAAGCAUUUGGAGUCUGUCUGACACAAAUUGUUGGUACAUCCAAGUUGCUACGUGAAGUGAAUUCAAUGAAAGCGGAGAAAUAUUCUGAGAGUAAUCCUCAACAUGAGAAAGAGCUGCUGGAGCUGUGGGAGCUCUUAAUGCCUGACCGGGCACUAACUAAUCGACACAGUGAGCAGUGGAAGGAAAUCGGGUUUCAAGGAAACAACCCUGCAACCGACUUCAGAGGCAUGGGAAUUCUAGGACUGCGCAACUUGUGCUAUUUUGCCAAAAAGCAUACGUCAGUUGCAAGACAGUUGGUGUCUCAUUCUAAUCAUCCAAGACUAGGGUAUUCGUUUGCUGUGAUUGGUAUCAACUUGACUAGCCUUUUGAUCGAUCUUUUGGAGAGUCGUUCACUUCGAGUGCAUUUUUACAACAUGGCUAUUGGUGGUGAUCCAAACAUCGAUCUUUUUCAUGAAGCAUAUUGUUAUGUCUUCACUGAAUUUGACAGCUAUUGGAGAGAAAAGAGGCCCGAGAAUCUUCUAGCAUUUCCCCGUAUUCGAGAUGAGCUCUACACUCUGCUCAAGACUCGUUUGGAGUCAGAUACAAAAACAAGUUUUGUAUUAGAUUCGUCAUGAGCAUGUCAUUUAAAUUUAUGACUGCAUGACAAAUUACGUAUUUUUGGAAUCUGGUCAUACAAUAAGUAGCAAGGAUAGAGUCAUAAGUGAUCUUGGUUUGUGACAUGCAAAGUUUGCUAUGCUGUAUACUGCAUAACAAAAGACUUUGUUAUUCAUAGUCUUUUAGUGAUCGUGUAAGACACUGAAUUGGGUGGGGUUUUAAAACAAUAAAAUUUGAGAAAAGCACUGAUUUGUGAAUAUAGACUUAUUGAUAUUUAUUUAUUGGAUUAUCAUGCAUUGUCGAUUAAGAAUCCUGACACACAUUAUGCUGGUUGAAAU